GAGGGAGGGCAAGAGAAGACGAGCGAGAGGAAAACUAACUGCACAAAGGGGAUACAAGCGCUCUGGUCUCACUGAGCACAAUUAGAGAAGUGUUGGUGAACGUGGGCUAUGUGCGCAACAAGGGGGAGCACAAGUGUACAGGGGAGGUGAACGCAUGUAGAGGCUCAGCUUCACACUCAGCCUCUUUCCUGAAGAGUCACAGCAACUACAGACGAGAAGAGUGAGAGGAAGUCCCAGAAAAAAAGGAACUCAAAGCAAAAGGUUGGAUAAAAGGGAAAGAAAGACUUUUCCUGGUCUGAACCUUAAUUGCUCUGGAAGAAAAAAAUGAAUGCCAGCGAAGAGAACCUGCUGAAGUCCAUCAGCAACGACGCGCUGCUGGACCUGACGCAGCGCUACGGCCAGUCCGCCUUCGCGUUCGGAGCCGGCCACGGCGCCGGCUGCAGCCCCCCCGGCCGGUACCCGCUCACGCCGGCCAACGACUUCCUCUCCGGACAGACCCAGAAGUCCAACGAGAGCGGAGGUGAGCACACGACCGACGACGAGGACGGCUUCGACUCGCUGGAGUCCCGGAAGAGGGGCUCCUCUUUUGGGGACGACAAGCCCGGAGGCGCGCUGGCCAAGAAGACCAAGGAGCAGCGCUCCCUGCGGCUCAGCAUCAACGCCCGGGAGAGGAGGAGGAUGCACGACCUCAACGACGCCCUGGACGGCCUGCGCGCCGUUAUCCCCUACGCACACAGCCCCUCGGUGAGAAAACUCUCCAAAAUAGCCACUCUCCUCUUGGCCAAGAACUAUAUCCUCAUGCAGGCUCAGGCUCUGGAGGAGAUGAGGCGGCUGGUGGCGUAUCUGAACCAGGGACAGAGCAUCACUUCGCCCAUCCCAGCCGCGCUGGCGCCGUUCGGACAGGCGGCCGUCUACCCCUUCUCCAGUUCCGCGCUCGCCACUUGUGCCGAAAAGUGCACCACUUAUUCCGGGACACCGUCGAGUCUCUUCAAACACUGCAACGAUAAGCCUUGAUUUGGUUUAACUCUCUUUCCUGAACUUUUACCUGUACCCCAUGUCAGUCUCUCUCUCUCUCUCUCGCUCUCUCCCAUUCUAGCUAUUUUUUAAACAAUAAUUCUGUGGGAAAUGAUUUUAGUCUAAUGCAUUAAUCUUACAGUAUGGUUAAUUAAUCAUAGUGCAGGGUUCCAUCCAGAUUUAACAAAACGCUAUAGAAAACGAACUGUUUUAGGCCUUCUUGUAAGAUGACGUUCCCUUUACUGUGGCACUCGUGCAUUAAAGACUCUAAAGGCCAUGACAAAAUUAUGAGUUUGACAACAUUUUGGGAAGCUUCUGUUAUCAUUUGUAAACUAUGCAACAUUCAGUAACAACACGAAAAACAAAUGCCAGAAUUGCGACCUAAUCUUGACAUUUAUACUUGAUUCUCAAGACUGACCAUGAUCCUAUGUGGAAAGAAAAAAACUCUGAUGUGAUGUUAUAUUUUCUGAUACAACGUGUUUGUUUUUAUUUAUUGCACAUCUCACAUGAUUGUAUUGUACAACUUUGAAGAAUCUCUUGCUUCAAUCCUGGUUGUGGUAUGGUGACAUUACAGCAGCCUAUUAACUGAAGAAGCGUUCUGGUUGUGUUGCAACAUGGAUUUCAUAUAUUGUUUGUAUGUAUUUAUAAUUAAAAAAAACAUGUAUAU